ACCGGGGGCCAUGUUUACUGAGACAUUUAAAUAGAUGUUCAUUUACAUUAUGUGUGUUGUGUGGAUAACAGAAAUUUGUUAGAUUUUAUUGAAUAUUUCUUGUUAAAAUAUUUUGUGUUUGCUCAACGUUUCCACAUAAAAUGGCUGAACCCAUCGACGUAGAUAGGCUAGACGAUAACUUAAAAUUAUUAAUGGAAAUAUCAGGUCUGGACCGAUUGGAAGCCGAACAAAUACUCACAAUAAACGAUAAUAACUUGGAGCGUGCUAUCAAUUAUCAUUUAGAAGGAUCCAAUGAUCCCACUCCAACUCUACCAGGUCCAUCGAACCAUUUCUAUCCAUCACUUCCAAACAUGCCAUCGCUAGGGGGCUAUGAUGAAACAAACGAACGUUUGCCGUUGGCUGGCACAUCAACGGCAACAGCAACGCUACCGGAUGAAGAUGGUGUUCGUGCUCCCAUACCGCCAAAACGAGAACAGAUGAUUCUGCCGGAAGAGGACAAUUUUCGUUACAGAAAGCGGCGUAACAUCACCCAUAAUGUUUGUCCGUUGAGAAAUUUUCAAGAGGAAACCGAACAACAGGAAGCUCGUAUAGCGGCAUUAGCCGAUGGAAAUCCAUAUCCCUAUGAUGCGAAUACCGGUUGGCGUCGAAAUGGCGGUGAUCAUGCGAGCAGUAGCAGUGAACGAAGUAGUAGUGUGCCAAUUUCUUCCAAUAAUCCAGCCAAGCGUUCACGUUUGGGUGAUUUAUUUCGGCCACCGACUGAUCUCAGUGUAUCAGGGAGUCUUCAAACAGCUCGUGAAUUUGCCAAAUCUCAAAACAGAUGGCUGAUCGUCAAUCUACAGGACUAUGGACAGUUUCAAUCACAGACACUGAAUAGAGAUGUUUGGUCUGAUCAGGAGCUGCGUUCAAUUAUUAAACAAUACUUUGUGUUAUGGCAGGUUGCCGUCGAUAAUCCGGAGGGAAUGCGUUUUCAGGUGUUUUAUAGUGCUCAGGUGUUGCCAUAUGUUUGCAUUCUUGAUCCACGAACGGGUGAACAAAAAGUCGGUUACAAUGGAUUUAAUAAGACGAGCAAGGAGUUUCAACGAGAUCUGCUAAAGUUUAUAAGUAAAACACCGUUUCCAAAUGCAGAAGAAGGAGACGUGCAGUCAGUUGAUUUGAACGAUCUAAUGAUAUCCGACACGUCUCCAGCGGCAAGUAGUUCAGGUAAUGCGAAACCAGUGAAAUCAAGCAGCAAAAAAUUUGAGGCGUCCGUUUUGAGUGAAGAGGACCAGUUACUGCUGGCAAUUCAAAAUUCGUUGCGAGAAAUCAGUAGCGAUUCCACGGAGAACAGCCCGACUAACGACAUGAACGGAGAUAGUAAUGGAACGGAUGACGGUGAUGACGGAGUCAUCGAAAUCGGCUUUGAAUCUGAUUCUGAUGUUGUUGAAGUGAAAACUAGUACGCCGGAGUCGUGGAGUGAUUUCUUAGGCGACGAAAAUGAUCCUAAAGCGAAAUUAAUACUACGCUUACCCGAUGGUAAUAAGGAAAUGUUGGAAUGGCCUUGUUCGACGAAACUGAAAGCGCUGAAACUCUAUGUCACCAGCAAGUAUCCCGAUAUCACCAAAGAUUCCUUCAAAAUAAUCUGUCCAUUUCCUCGACAAGACGUGUUGGAACUAAAUCCGGAAUUAACGUUAAAAACUGCUCAGCUAUAUCCAACUGUCACUCUUCAUUUGCAUCAAGACGAGUAAGAUGGUGGUCCAGCUAUGUUUGUUAUAUUGUAAAGUGACGUGCUGUAAAUACAAUUUUAAAUUUGUCAAAAUGCCAAUGAAUUCCCAAUUAGAGUUACUGCAAAAACAGAAA